CCCCCACCCCGUCCCCCCUCCACCCCUCCCCCUGGAAAAGUCCCCCCUAACCCCCCCCUUCCCCCCCCGCCACCCCCGUCCCCCCCUCCACCCCCCCCCCCCUCCCCCUCCAACCCCCGUCCCCCUCCACCCCCGUCCCCCUCAUCCCCUGUCCCCCUCCAUUGA